AUGGGCCAAAGUCUAGUCUCCACUCGUACCGCGCAACGUUGGUUCAAUCAUUUCAAGAAUGGGGAUUUAGAACUCGACGAUCUACCUCGAUCCGGCAAGACUUGGAAAUACGGAGUAUGGAUACCUCAUGAAUUAUCAUCAUAUCAACUGCAACAGAGAGCUGAUACAUGUAUGGAUUUAAUCACAUCUCAUCGCAACUAUCAAUGGUUAUCCAAUCUGAUUGCUGGCGAUGAGAAGUGGGUGUUAUAUGUUAACUACACACGUAGACGUCAGUGGUUGAGCACUGGUCAAACAGGCGUAGCAACACCGAAGACUGAUCCACACCCUAAUAAGUUGAUGCUGAGUGUCCGGUGGGGUAUUAAAGGAGUUGUUCAUUGGGAACUUCUACCAAAUGGUUACACUAUCACUGCUGAUCUAUACUAUCAACAAUUGGAUCGGGUAGCUGAAAAACUCAAGAGAAAACAGGAUCGAGUUUAUUGUUUACAUGAUAACGCAAGACCACAUCUUGCAAAGUCGACCCGUGAAAAAUUAUUAAAGCUUGGCUAG